GGGAGGACUCGACUGCUCCCUCAUCAUGUCACUGUUAUAGUUUUUUUUUUUUGCUGCUUUUUUGUUUUUGCUUGUGUUCUUUUGUGUUGAAACCUUUUUUUUUAAAAAUUAUUAUUAUUUUGAGUUGACUGGUGCCAGCCAGCCAGCAGCAGCAGCAGGAGGUGGAGGACUAUACGCUCCUUUGCCAAAGGAAGAAAAGAGGAAAGAAAAGAGAAAAUAAUGCAACACUGGUGUUAAUUCUGCACUGCUUUCUCCGCGAUCAGGUUCAUCUGAAGUGUCGGGCUUGCAGGGAUAGUAACACGCAGCCGAGCCGUUUAUCCUCGCCGGUGCGCGGACGCUAGUGGAGAAGAGGAAGGCGAGGAGGAGAAACGGAGCAGACCGGGGGAUCAUCACCCAAAGACCCGAGAGAGUCCUCGACUUACUCCCCCAUAAAAAAAAAAAAAAAAAAAAACCUGAGGAACGAUGUCAUCCACCAGAUUCAAGAAGGAUAAGGAGAUCAUAGCGGAUUAUGAGACCCAAGUGAAAGAGAUCCGUAACCAGCUGGUGGAGCAGUUCAAAUGCUUGGAGCAGCAAUCCGAGUCUCGUAUCCAGCUGCUGCAGGACCUGCAGGAGUUCUUCCGCCGUAAAGCAGAGAUCGAGCUGGAAUACUCCCGCAGCUUAGACAAACUGGCCGAGAGGUUCUCCUCCAAGAUACGCAGCUCAAGGGAACACCAGCAGUUCAAAAAAGACCAACACCUGCUGUCCUCAGUCAACUGUUGGUACCUGGUGCUGAACCAGACGAGGCGAGAAAGUCGUGACCACGCCACUCUCAGCGACAUCUACACCAACAAUGUCAUCCUCCGUUUGGCCCAGAUCAGCGAGGAUGUCAUCCGACUGUUCAAGAAGAGCAAGGACAUUGGGAUCCAGAUGCACGAGGAGUUGGUGAAGGUGACGAAUGAACUCUACACUGUGAUGAAAACAUACCACAUGUACCACACUGAGAGCAUCAGCGCAGAGAGCAAGCUGAAGGAUGCUGAGAAACAGGAGGAGAAGCAGUUCAGCAAGUCCGGAGAUCUCAACGUGAACCUCCUACGCCACGAGGACCGCCAGCCCAGACGCGGCUUCGUCAGGAAAAUUGAGAAGAUGAAAGAGAAGAGGCAAGCCAAGUACUCGGAGAACAAGCUGAAAUGCACAAAAGCCCGGAAUGACUAUUUGUUGAACCUGGCAGCAACAAAUGCAGUUGUGGCAAAAUAUUACAUCCAUGACGUCUCUGAUAUGAUUGAUUGCUGUGACAUGGGCUACCACGCCAGCUUGGCACGGACCUUCAGAACCUACCUAUCCGCCGAGUACAAUCUGGAGACAUCUCGCCACGAGGGACUGGACAUCAUUGAGAAUGCAGUGGACAACCUGGACUCCCGCAGUGACAAGCACAAGAUCAUGGAUAUGCAUAACCAGGUGUUCUGUCCUCCGAUGCGCUUUGAGUACCUGCCACACAUGGGAGACGAGGUGUGCCAGGUGAGCGCCCAGCAGCCUGUCCAGACUGAACUCCUGAUGCGCUAUCACCAACUGCAGUCUCGCCUCGCCACGCUAAAGAUCGAGAAUGAGGAGGUGAGAAAGACCUUGGAUGCCACCAUGCAAACGCUGCAGGACAUGCUGACGGUGGAAGACUUUGACGUGUCGGAUGCCUUCCAACACAGCCGCUCCACUGAAUCCAUUAAGUCUGUGGCCUCCGAAUCCUACAUGAGCAAGCUGAACAUAGCCAAGAGGAGGUCGAACCAACAGGAGACUGAAAUGUUCUACUUUUCAAAAUUCAAGGAGUACCUGAAUGGCAGUAACCUCAUCAUUAAGCUGCAGGCCAAGCAUGACUUACUGAAGCAGACGCUGGGUGAAGGGGAAAGGGCCGAGUGUGGAACCACAAGAGGAAGAAGGAAUGCCCGUACUCGCAUUCAGGAUUCAGGUCAACCGAUCCCACUUGUUGUCGAGAGCUGUAUCAGAUACAUCAAUCUAUACGGUUUGCAGCAGCAGGGGAUAUUCCGUGUGCCGGGAUCACAGGUGGAAGUCAACGAUAUUAAAAACUCAUUUGAGAGAGGUGAAGAUCCCCUGAUUGAUGACCAGAAUGAGCAUGAUAUCAACUCAGUGGCAGGGGUGCUGAAGCUGUACUUCAGAGGACUGGAGAACCCUAUCUUCCCAAAGGAGCGCUUCCUGGACUUCAUCUCCACCAUCAAGCUGGAGUCCGGGGCUGAGAGAGCGCACCACAUCCAGCAGAUUGUCGUGACGCUUCCUCGCACCAUCAUCAUCGUCAUGCGAUACCUCUUCGCUUUUCUCAAUCAUCUCUCCCAGUACAGUGACGAGAACAUGAUGGACUCCUACAAUCUGGCGAUCUGCUUCGGUCCAACCCUGAUGCCUAUCCCAGAUGGACAGGAUCCUGUGGCAUGCCAGGCACAUGUCAAUGAGGUCAUCAAGACCAUCAUCAUGCACAAUGAGCUUAUCUUUCCCAGUCAACGCGAGCUGGACGGCCCAGUGUAUGAAAAGUGCAUGACGGGGGGAGACGAAUACUGCGACAGCCCCCACAGUGAACCAGGAACUAUUGAUGAGGCUGACAAUGGAACUGAACCACACACCAGUGAUGAAGAGGUGGAACAGAUCGAAGCCAUCGCCAAGUUUGACUAUGUGGGACGCACUCCCAGGGAGCUGUCCUUCAAGAAGGGAGCCUCUCUGCUUUUGUACCAUCGGGCAUCUGAGGACUGGUGGGAGGGCCGCCACAACGGUGUAGAUGGCCUCAUCCCUCAUCAGUACAUUGUUGUACAAGACCUGGAUGAUGCUUUCUCAGAUAACCUCAGCCAGAAAGCAGACAGUGAAGCGAGCAGCGGACCACUGCUGGACGAUAAGGCUUCAUCCAAAAAUGAUGCCCCGUCACCAUGUGAACAGUCACCUGAUUACAACUUCGGAGGAGUCAUGGGGAGGGUAAGGUUACGGUCCGAUGGAGCCGCAAUCCCACGUCGUCGGAGUGGACCAGACACCCACAGCCCAACCAGAGCGGCUGACACUCCACCACGGGCUGCAGCCUGCCCCAGCAGCCCUCACAAGGUGUCCAUCAGCAAGAGUCGAAUGGAGAGCCCUGAAAAGAGGCGCCUUGGCACCUUUGGCAGUGCAGGAAGCAUCAACUACCCAGACAGGAAGGCGUAUCCUGAGGGUCACCCGCUGAGACCGGUGCCAGGGGCCACUCGUCACAGCAGCCUCGGGGAUCAUAAAUCACUGGAGACUGAGGCUCUGGCUGAGGACAUAGAGAAGACCAUGACAACAGCGCUCCAUGAGCUACGUGAGCUGGAGAGACAGAACACCGUUAAACAGGCCCCUGAUGUAGUCCUCGACACCCUGGAGCCCAUGAAGAACCCAGUCAGCUCUGAGCCCGGCAGCCCACUGCACACCAUCAUGAUCCGUGACCCGGAUGCAGCCAUGCGUCGCAGCAGCAGCUCCACCUCUGAGAUGAUGACCACCUUCAAACCGGCUCUCUCUGCUCGGCUGGCUGGAGCUCAGCUACGCCCCCCACCCAUGAGGCCAGUGCGCCCUUCUCCCACCCAGCACCGCUCGAGCAGCUCCAGCUCAUCAGGAGUCGGUAGCCCUGCUGUAACUCCCACAGAAAAGAUGUUUCCAAGUAACACCACAGCUGCUGGUUCUAAUACAUCCGGCGACGCCGGGGAUAAAUCUGGUACCAUGUAGCGAAGGUGGAAUUUGUUAGGUAGGGUGGCUGUAAAGCUUUUGGAAAAGGGUACUGAUAUUUGAGAAGCAGAUUUGGAUGUUUUCUGCUGACUUAAUAUUCAGGAAGCUCCUGAAACGAACCUGCAGUGUAUUAUCAUGGUGAUGGAAAAAGCUGUCAUGGUGUGAUAGCGUAAAGCUCAACUCUCUUUGAAACUUGAUUCAACUGCAGAAAAUGUGUAUAAGAAUACUUCAGUUUUACCUCAGUUUCAACAGAAAAAAAAGGUUUUCUCAGAUACAAUGAAUGCAAGUGAAGCAAUACUUGUGUGAAAUGUGGUAUUAAGUCUCCACCCGGCACACGUUGUCCAGUGGAUGUUUCAGUCACUCCUGCUGGUGUGUAUGAAACACCCAACAUGGACGGGUGUGUGAACAUUCAGGCUGAAAUACCAUGUCUGUUUACCAUUUAGGUCACAGGCCUUAUGGCUGUACAUACAAACUUACUUGAAGUCGCCAUGCUUCCUGUUUGUACUAUAACACAGUGGAUGUUCAGCAAAAUAACAACUUAGUGCCAAUAUAUACAUCUGCAUGCAGAGUUUGGAGAAAAUAUGGAAAAUGUCAAUGAUUUGCCUCAUUGAGAGAUUUGAUGUGGGAUUUUAGCAAGCAUAAAAUACUUGUUCGAAACCUAAUUUCAAAAUGAAACAAACUUUCAAUCUGCCAGAUUGGUACUCUAGAUAAAAGCAUCCUGGCAUGAAGAGAAACUGUUACUAAUCAGAACUUUACAAAGCAGGUCAUCCUCCAUUGUCACGUACGGUCCGACCGAGGGCAGACUUAACAUGGCUGUCUCCUUGUGUUUUCUUUGUCCUGUAUAUGAAAUACAGAAAACUAAUGCACCAACUAAUGUAGGAAUCCUGUGGUAAACCUGUACAUAAUAAUAUAGGCAGUCAUUCUUUUUAAGUGUUAAUCCUGUACAGGCUAAAACGAAAAAAAGGUAAAAGGGUCGGCUGUGAAUGGCGCUUGUUAAGAUCGUAAUCCACCUUUUCAUCACCUUUAGUAAAGUGCAGGCAUAUUCUUUGGCGAUGUAAAAUAGAGUUUGGAUCAUUUUCCUUGUACUGUGUGAGUAGAAUGCAUCUGGUUAACUGUACUGUAGAGAACCGAUUGCUGUUGAACAGACAACAAAGGCUGAAUAAAUAAAUGCUUUCUCCACCGACGCACACAGCUCGUGAAACUUGAGCUGUUGCUUCGUCAAUUUUAAUUCUUUAAUUCUAAUUAUUAUUGCAUAACACAUGUUGAAACGUUCGCUGUGACAGUUCCUCUUCCUCAAAAUUAAAAAUGUGAUCCUCAACCCAGAGGAACCUGACAGUACGUGUUGUGACAUACUGAAAUCACAGCUGUUUCCUUCCUUCCUGUUGAUGGAUACAGUUGCAGAUAGAUACAGGAAGAAAAACAAAAAAACACAACAUUUGAGCAUUUAUAUCUACUGUACCUCCCCGGUCCAGAGACCUUGUAAUCCGCAUCCCAAAGAGCCUGCUGCUCUGUUCUGCAUGUAUUGCGCUGUAAUGUCUCAUAUCCUGGGGGCAGUUUAACAAUGGCUGUUUGUGGUGCCUUGCCUUGGUGGAACGCACAAAUAAAUUUGAUAUUGGAUGUUUUUUUGUUUUUUUUUUAAUUUUGUUUUUUUCCUGUAAGAAAUGGGCCUUAACAUUUGUGGGGAUGAAUUAAGCUGCUUGCUGCAGUUGCUAAAAUAGAAGUAACAGAGAUUAAUGCUUGACUGAGCAAAAGAAACUUCGAUAUUAGCAUGUAAAACCAGGUCCUGAAACCACUGUCAGUCUGUACAAUCUGCAGGGGUGCUGAGAUGAUAACUGUAAACUGUUGCCGAUGGAUUGUUUGCUUUCUGUUUGUCACAUACUGACAGAUCUAUAAAUGUCCAGGGCGGGAGGAUAGAGGACUCCAGCAGCAGGAGCAUGUAGCGCUCACAUCCUCUGCUGGCUCCUGCUGGUAUUGCCUCUUGUCACAUCACAUUAACAGGGCAUUAUGAGGAUGAUCCCAAGCUGAUUCUACAACCACUGAGCUCACCCAUGCAGUUCUGUUAUGUCUGUCCUGGUUACAGUUUUGCACCUGUCGAAGUCUAUGAAGACAAAUGAUACAAAUGUAAGUGCAUAUGUUUAUUGAAAUACGAAGAAAGCACACACACACAAAGGGUGGAAUUCUCAUCGUUAUAUUUAACUAGACUGUUUUAUCUUAAUUUAUAGACACUUGUGUAAGUGGAGCAGAAAAAUUUGAGUGCCUUUUGUGCACAACAUCGAUUUUUAUUGGACUUUUAUAUUUACUUUUUUUUUGUAACUGUAUUAGUUGUCAUGUUUGUUAUAAACUGAUGUUGCUUUUUUAUCUUUACUUUCUAUUGCUACUCAAAGCCACCAUAAGGACUAUGCUGUGUAAAGAUAUUCCUUCUCAUGAAUUACUGAAGAAUCAUCAUGAAAUGCUCGUCCGUGUUCAGGUGAUUGCUGAAGAAUAAGAGUUAUAGAAAUACUGCUGUAUACACGAUCUACUGGUGAAGCUCAGUGGAGUCAUCUCAGAAUUUUUCCUUCAUCUUUUUUUUUUUUUUUUUUUUUUUUUUUUAAUUGUUUUUAUCCAUGUGAACUGCCUGUGCUGUGGUUGAGCCGUAACUCUUCUCAAUCAGCUCUUUCCCUUUCGAAGCAAAAAUCAUUGCAGUAUUGUUGGAAACAAGCGGGACUGAUGUGGACCCUCUCCGUGCAGAGGUCGCGAGGCACUCACUCCUUUUCCCAACAUGUGACGUUACGCUGGUGUUUUUCUCUCCUGGAAUGUGUGCUGAAAUGGGUAACACUGUUUGUCUGCUGACAUGAGAAGACAUUGAGUUGACAUUCAAAAAGGGACAUCGGACUGAGUCGUGUCGUGGGGACCGGGGUGUGAGUCGCUGUCACACUGUUUACCUUCUCUUUAAUUGUUUGUCUAGUGAUGCUGUUUGUUGAUGAGUGUCUGGUUGGUUGAAACCCGUGAUGUAAUGUACACCAUGCCACUGACUGGAUGUUGAAAACCCCUGCGUCCAAAUAAAACCAUUAUUGCUCUGUGAUCUGGA